AAAACUUGUGUUAGGGAUAAGUCAGUUGAGUCCCUUUGUAGAAUUGGUUCUCAGAUGAGGGAACAAGAUUUGGUUGAACACUUCAUUCCUUUAGUUAAGAGGCUGGUUUCUGGUGAGUGGUUCACUGCCCGAGUUUCUUCAUGUGGCUUGUUUCAUAUUGCCUACCCUAGUGCACCAGAUGCAUUGAAGACUGAACUAAGAGCCAUAUAUGGGCAGUUGUGUCAAGAUGAUAUGGCUAUGGUUAGGAGAUCUGCUGCUACCAACCUGGAAAAAUUUGCUGCUACCGUUGAAGCUGCUCACUUGAAAACUGAUAUCAUGUCUGUGUUCGAUGAUCUCACACAAGAUGAUCAAGAUUCUGUUCGGCUUCUUGCUGUUGAGGGUUGUGCAGCUCUUGGAAAAUUGUUGGAGCCUCAAGAUUGUGUGGCACAUAUUCUUCCUGUUACAGUCAAUUUUUCUCAGGAUAAGUCAUGGCGCGUUCGUUACAUGGUUGCCAAUCAACUCUAUGAGCUCUGUGAAGCUGUUGGUCCUGAUUCCACCAAGACGAAAUUGGUUCCUGCAUAUGUUCGGCUGCUGCGUGAUAAUGAGGCGGAAGUACGUAUUGCUGCUGCUGGGAAAGUGACUAAGUUCUCCCGCAUAUUAAGUCCUGAACUAGCCAUUCAGCAUAUUCUACCAUGUGUAAAGGAGUUAAAACAGUUCAGCAAGGCCAACCAAUUUGUUGCAAAAAUAACUUGUCCAACAUGUUGCAAGGCUGCAAUUGACAUUGAACCAGUCAUGUUUGCUGCAGCAGUCAGGAUAGCAACAAACCCUACAUCAUGGAAAUACAAAGCAUCAAGCCAUCAUGCAUAA